UAUAAACAAUAGAAAGAUCCCUAAAGAGUAUAAUUAUUUGUCUCAUCUGCCUUUCUUUCUCUCAUCACUUUCCAAGAAAUUCUCCCUUCCCCUCCUUUACUUCUUCAAUUUGGGCUGAGGAAACCAAGAACAGAAGACACACAGAGAAAUGGGUGCCACUGAUUGUCUUAAUAAUAAUCAAGAUCAAAUGAUGUUGUUCCAGCAGCUGCAUCCAUCUUCAAAUCUUCACCAUCAUCCUAAGAAUGAUCAUCCAACUAAUGAUGAUUAUAAUGGUCUUAGUUACAACACAGGCUCUUCAACAUCAUCCCUUGAUAACUCAAGCUCAUCCACCAUUGGAUCAGAGUCAUUAUCAUCUUCUUGCUCCGCCUCUUCGGAUUUGAUUGAUGAUGCAACUUCAUCAUGCUCAUCAUCUUCAUCCUCAGUUUCUAAUCUGGGGAGUCAUGGUUCAAUGUUUGAGCUUUCAGAGCUAAUGGCCACUCUUCCCAUUAAGAGGGGACUCUCAAAGUUCUACCAAGGAAAGUCCCAAUCUUUCACAUCUCUGACAAGGGUUGUGAGCAUAGAGGAUCUUGUGAAGAAGGAGAACCCUUAUAAUAGCAGCAACAGCAGGAGAAAGAUGUUGAAAGGAUCAAAGAGCUAUGCUAAUGGAUUGGAUGCUUGCAGACCUUACACUCUUCACAAGUCUGUGAUCUCGAAGAACAAUCACAACAAGCUGGUUUCGUCUAUUUCAAGUUUCCCUGCUAGAAAGGGGAUUUUCCUCAGCAGGCCUCCAAUUGGUCCAAUUUGUGUGCAAAGGAAGAUCUGAUGUUUAUAGUUGUCGAGUUGCUAGCAGAGUUGUGGAGAAGAUCUGAUAUUUAUAAUUGGAUCUCACCAACUGGAGGAUUCUUAUUUUUCCCCCCUCUCUUUUACACCUUUCCCAUUUUCUUUCCUCUACAGUGGGUGUAAAGAUGAUUGUAGAGCAAGCAUACUGGUUUUAGUUGUAACUGUGAAUCGUAAGAACAUAAUUUCCACU